UCUUUUUAGGUGUGAAUGUUAAUUUGACAUUGACAUAAAAUAUACGUCUCUAUCUCUCUCUUUUAUUUUUUUUUCUUAUCUGUCAUUCGCAAUGGCGAAUAAAAAGUUAAAGUAUUUUAUCUUAACCGGCGAACCUGGUGCAGGGAAAACUACUCUAACCAAAAAAAUAAUAUCUAUUCUCAGUGAUAAAGGAAUUAAAACGUUCGGUUUUUAUACAGAAGAAGUACGUAGGGAUAGAACUAGGGAAGGUUUCGAUGUAGUUACAUUAGAGGGCAAAAGAGGGCGGCUAGCAAGAGAAGAACGUCUAUUAGAAGGGUCUGUAAAGUUUAGAGUGGGUAAAUAUGGGGUUUUGGUACAGGAAUUUGAAAAAGUUGCUUUACCUUGUUUGCAGGAGGUUGAUAAAGAGCAGCUACAUUUGUUAGUAAUUGAUGAAAUUGGUAAAAUGGAGUUUUUCAGUAAUUCUUUUAAAGCCAGAGUAAGAGAGAUUUUUAGUGAAUCCUCAAAUAAUAUUGUUCUGGCCACUAUACCACUUAGAAAGAGUGAUGCACUUAUAGAGAAUAUAAGAAACAAUAAAUAUGCCAAGAUUUGGACGGUAACUAAAGAGAAUAGAACCAACAUUCAUGAAGAAAUAUUAAAAGAAAUGAAAUCGGUUCUGGGAUUUAAUUGACUGUUAUAAGUAUACAAAAAAUAUAUACUGAGAAGAUGUUAGGGUAAAAGUACGGUAAAGUAGUAUAAGUACACUUUGUAACAACUAAAAACAUUGUAGAAAAAAAGUAAAAGAUAAAAGAUUCCUUAAUAAAAAUACAAUACACAUACAAAAAUACAAUACAAAUACACUUACAUUUUACCUUAUAAAAUAAUGUUGUACUAAUAAAUGAAAUCUAGUAUGUUUCAAUAUUUCUAUAUGUAUGUUUCAAGUAGUCGGUAUUUAGACUGCAUAUAAGAAAAUAUGACUAGAUAAUCGAGAUUGUAAUUAUAUACCUUCAUUAAUCAUAAAUGGUAACAGUGGGGAGGGGGGGGGGUCCCAUUGCUAGUCCUGUCAGAUCUAUCUCCAUAUGGUCCUCCCUGAAAACCAUUGUGCUGAAUCCCAGGUGCUGACUAACUGACCUGCAGAUGGGCUAACUGACCUGCCUUUUAAUUUUUUUCAACAAAGGGUUAUGUUUGUUUUAACUUGGCCAUGUUUGGUUCAGUUUCGUCACUCAAAUUGAGUUUUAUAUAGUUUGACAUCUUUGGUCCAGUGUGGUUAAGUAUGACCAAGUUUAGUCGAAUUAUUUCCCAUUUAGUAGGAGCAUAUUGAAACCAAAUUUGCAAAUUUUAGUUUAAUUCUUCUUCUAUGGAAGUUGGUUGAAAAUAAAUGUGAUAACCGCUUGACAAAGCUUGGCCAAACUUGCAUAAAAUUACCUCAAAUUUCAAAAUUAAAAAUCUACAACAUAAGCCAUCUUUUUUGUGAAAACCUAUAAUUUUUUGAUUAGCAAUGUCAAUGAAAAAUUAUACCCAGAAUAAAAUGUAAUUAUUCAUACAACGCAACAUAAAAAAUCAAUAAUCGAAAAUUUCAAAAUAAAUUGGUUCAAUCAUCAAAUUCAAAAGUAAUAUGCAUGCAAUUAACAUUUGGCAGGUACCAACAGAAUGUAUGGCUGAUCGGUACCAUUCUACCCUCGCACUACAGUUAGCCCAUGUAGAUUCCUUUGUGAAACUAUUGUAUGAAAAGUAGUUUUUUAUAUUGUGCCCAUAUUAUAAAUAUGAAGGUGGUUUUGUUUGAUACCUGUUAGGUGGCGGUAGGAGGUAAAGCAUUUGUCGGGUCUGCUAGUAAUUAAUAAUAUUCACUUUUAUUCACCACGCAAUAAAUAUAUAAAAUAUAUUUUGAGAUCAAGUAGAAGUUUCAGGUGAGAAAAAAUACAAUUUACAAACGAAGCUUCAUAGCUCAGUUAUAGUCAAAAACAAUGGCGGAUGAAUACAUAAACAUUUUCCAAUAUCCUCAAUAGUCAGUUAACGAGUUACGCUCAACAAGUUUAAAAUUGGGCGAAUACAAUAAAAUUCCAUAAUCAGCUAUGCGCUACAAAUUACAAAAAUGUGGUAUACUGUAAAAGAAUUUUGAAAUUUUUAUGUGUUCAUUGCUUUUGAAGCUGGCUAUAUUAAUGGAAAUUAUUGCAUAAAGUAUUAACUUACGUGUAUUUUUUUAAAUACUCAUUCAAUUUCGGGACGUUUCGGAACCAUUAAUCGUUACGUGAACCUGCCUCAUCAUUAAUGGUAAUGGUCACUCAUGAUUAAGGGUCCCGGAUGGUCCCAAACUAAUAAAGCAUUCUUGAUAAAAAUACACUUAAAUUUAAUAUCCCUAAAUACGGCUACGCACACCUGCAAAACUAGGGGUGUCAGAUUAUUAUUUUUUGCAAUAAAAUGUAAUGUGUAUUUAUGAAACUAUCUAUAACAUUAAUAGCUAGAUGAUAUAAAGUAUCAGCUAUUAUCAUCUGAGUAAUCGUCAAAUUGUCCUUCAGAUUCAUGCCAUACUCUAGGGUUGCACAUUUUCUCAUACUUCACUAUUUCUGCUACGGAGACAGGAUGUGCGUCCAUUGGGCAGAAGUGACCUUCUGCCAUUUUCUUUUUCACGAAAAACAGCCACGGCGACUGAGCGGGUGGAGACACGCGCCGCGUAUAGCCCGGUACCCAGUACUCAUCAGAAUCCCAAUCUUCGGGAGAACUCGGUGGAUCAUAAUUUUGUUUUGAUACUGGAAUAAAAUAUUUCGUAAAAUAUAAAAACAGCAAUCGGGCCGAUUCUGAAGUACCGUGAAGCAAUUGUGUUUGCAUGGCUGUGUAUCGGUUUGAUGGUAGUAAAUUUACAGGGUACAGAGGAAUAAGUCUCGAGUCCUCAGGAAUGAUAUCGCAUGGGGUGUAUCUUGGGCGAAACCGUAUACUUUGUUAUAUCCAUGGUACUAUACUGCUCAUGUAUAUAAGCGACAGUUACUACUUUUAAUCAGAUGGGCCGUCAGCUUGUUUGUCAUUCUAAGUUGUAUAAAAAAAAUUUAAUUCCAUGGGCAUAACAGAGUAUACUGUUUCGCCCAUGAUACCCCCCAUGCGUUGCCAUUCCUGAGAACUCAGGUGUAAUUCCUCAGUACUCAGUAAAUUCACACCAAAAUAACGAACCAGAUAGACUUCCUAUGAAAGUCAUCUAGAUGGAACAAUUUUUUAAUGAGUGACAAUGAAAUGGCAACUCCGCCUGCGCUAUCGAUAUAUGUUGGCGAGUCACCAGUUAGUGAUUAUAGGUGAAGAUGAAGCAGGUCAGUUAGACAAAUUCCACAUAAAUUAUUCACGACGGUUUCCAGGUUAACCACAUAGAGGUCAACUAGAUAGGGUAUAUAUAUACAUAUAUAUUUCAUGUAUGUUGCUUUAAGAUGUUAAGAAUAUACUAAUUAGGCAUCUAAACAAUGUGACUGUAAAUCAAGUUAUAUACCUUCAUCAUUAUUAUCAAUUUGUAAACUGCACAGGAGUUCUUCAUCAUCAGUUGUGCAAUGAGAUUGUUCACUGUCUUGUCUGUCCUCUUCAAUUUUCCUAAAAUGAUUAAUUAAUUUCAGCAAACUAUCAUUUAAAUAUAUAUAGGUUAGAAAGGAUUAAAGAAGAUGUUGGAUAUAGACAGUUUAAUUUUUAUUAUUAAUUCUGUUAAUAUCCAUUACUUUACAUAGGGGACAUGGAUGGACUAUGGGGACAUAGGCUGUCCCAACAACACGGAGCUGCCACUAAACUAAUAUUAUAAAUAGGAAUAUUUUUAAUUUUUUGUUUGUAAUGGAUAAACUAAAAAAAACCUAUUUUUAAAUUCUUUCACCUAUAGUAAACUACAUUAUGUGUAAGUGACA